UACGGUCUGCACUUUUAUCGCGUCUGCUAUUUGUGAUCUUUGCGACACUCUUUCUGUACAAUUUCCUUUUUACAAUAAACACCAUAGAGGAAACGAUGUUGAGGAUUGGAAGUAAAAGUAAUCUGGACACAGAAUAUGCUUGCAAGAUAAGCUUACUCGAUGACACCGAGAUGACGUGUGAGUUUCGGAGGGAGGCUAAAGGGCAAACUGUCUUCGAUUCGGUUUGUAAAUCCAUUGGCUGGAUCUGAAUAAAAAUAUUCUAAAACAGAUGAAAUCCUUGAAGCCCCCUUUYAAGCUGUUCUUCAGAGUAAAGUUUUAUGCAUUGGACCCAAAUUUGGUACAUGAAGAAAUCACAAGAUAUCAGUUUUUCCUACAAAUAAAGAGAGACAUCCUUCAUGGAAGACUGCUUUGUUCCUACAAUGAAUUAGCUGAGCUAGGUGCUUACAUUGUUCAAGCGUAAGGCUAAUUAUGGAUUCAGACUACCUGACCCACUGGCCUGCAAGCAUCUGUGGAAAUGCUCUGUAGAACACCACGCAUUUUACAGUUCUCAGAAUCCAAAGGAAAUAAAGCCUAAGAGAAGAACUUCACUUUCACCACCAAAACUGUUUAGACGUUCGAAGUACAAGUAUAGUGGACCUACACAAGAAGACGUCAUUGCGGAAAGUGAAAAGAUCAGCCGUCCAGAACCCGAGAUUAAAAGAACGCCCAGCAUUCGUAUCACACGUCGUCCGAAGACGCCGGCCGCCGACAACAUUUCUGAAAGCACUGGUGAUUUAGCGUUACCUUCAAACCCAGUACAAAACAGCACCUCACAACUCAACGCUGACCAAUCAACAGAACUUCAGAAAUUCGAAACUCCCCACUUUCCUGAAAUACCUCCAGAGGAUUCUGCAAUAACUGAGACUACUACAGAUUUGACAGAUGCCGAGCCAACGCCGACUAACGUGUCUAACAGCAUUGUCGCUGAACGUCCGAAACCCCUUCGAACCUCCCAUGAGUCCACCAAGCAGGCCGAAGUGGAAUAUUACGGUUUCAAAAUGUUCAUCUUUGUAUUGUUUAUUUUAGCUCUUAUCAUGAUUCCCAUUGCCAUUGUCUGGGAAACGAGGAAGACAUACUUUAGGUCCACGAUUGCCUUCAAGUCAUUCUCUAGGUGGGUUUACAGAUCUUUUGGGAUCCGUCUAUAAAGUGACUCUAAGUCUAGCUUAAUUUUAGUGACGUUAUUUGUCGUUAAGCUUUGGUACAAAGCUUUUAACUUUUAAGAAUUCAUCCAAGAAACAAUACAUUUUAGCCGACCUGCAAGCAGAAAAAGUAAAAAGGAGAGUAGACUAUUUCUGCUCGCUGUUUCUAUACUAGUAGACUGUCUUGCUGCUCGCAAGGUAUCUAAGCGGCUUUAAUUUCUAUAAUUGCCAUCCAUAUGACGCAUGGCCAUGUCUUCCUCUAUCCGUUCACAAUUUAAUAUUUGUCAAAGCAUUAUACUACCUCAAUUUAAGGACAUUCCGUACUUUUUCCUGCGCACAAUGAGCUAUGCACGAUUCGUAGAAGACCGAUUUACGCGACACGAUUUUGACCUUCGACUGUAGCAUACGAUUUGACGAUGUCAUAUCGUAAAUACUAUUCACACGUGCAAGACUGUCGUAUACGAUUCGCACAUGCUAUUGCUAGAAUCUCAAUUUGAUUGGACUGUAGUUGCAGUCCUUAGUUCAAAACUGUCGUAACUCGUGUGCGCCAGUCUCAGACUGCUGUAGAAAAUCUACAGCAUUUACAAGGCGAGGCUUGGAGCUCUUUUGAGUCGCGUUAAUACAAGUACGUACACGGCAAUGUUAGACUAUUGCCCAUCGUAACCAAUCGUAUGAAGUUUUAAAAAUGAAUUCAGUUGCCAAUUCAGAUAUAUUCUAGAUAUGAACGUUUUUUUCUAUUUUUUAUAUAAAAUAAAAAAAAAUAGUUGUGAUUUGACAGAAUUGGUGAUUGAAAUUUGUUUGUAAACUAAUCGAAGACAUUUAUUAUUUCAUGUGAAGUUGCUCAGUACGGGAUGUCCUUAAAUGAUUACUUCAGAAACUACAUAAACGUGAGUUAAACGUUGUGUACUUAUUAUGAGUUGAAGUUUCUUUUAAAACACAGCCGUGAAAAUGUAUGUAACGAUUUUAUCAAAUAACAUGUCGAAAUGCAAUGUGGGAAGUGUUACCGAUUGUAAAACGUCGAAUAGUCAUGAGGCUCGGCUCAUGAGGCURCUGCAUUGAAGACCACCGGCUGAAAACAGCUAAAUGCACUUUUAAAUGUAAUUUAGACAAAAGACGGGCACUUUAUUAUAGGAUGAAUAGAAUUACAUGAGGUCAUUUCUGGAAGGAACUCCUUUUAUAAUCCGUAGACGUUCAUAGAUGCUAGGCGUACGCAUGCGKGAUUUUCCACACCAAUAUGUGGAGUAUAGUCCUCUUCUCGAAAAUCUGUUGUGUUAAAGGGACACUGUCAAUGGCACGCAUGCGCGAGUAAACUUGAAAACAUUAGGUUAAUGUUUUCAAGUUUAUGACUCCAAGUUGGCGCGACAUAACUAUCUGCUCGUAAACGUAAACAGAUCU